AUGGCAAAAAAUUCCAUUCAAGGUACUAUGGAACAAGGACCAGCUAUCAUUGACAUCGGUCGUUUCUUGGCAGAUCCAACCUCUGCUGAGGCACUCGAAGACUGCAAGAAUCUCGUCAAGACCUUGCAAGAGACAAGUUGUCUUGUCAUCAAGAGUCCAAAAGUAAAUGAAGAACAAAAUAGCAGAUUUUUGGAUAUGAUGGAACAAUAUUAUGAACAACCAACUGAAGCUUUGAUGAAGGAUGUUCACCCAGAGUGGAGCUAUCAAUUGGGUGCCACUCCAGAGUUCACUGAGAAGCCAAGAGACCAUGCCGAUGUUAUCAAGGCCCUCAAGCCACAAUAUGCUGCUCAUGCUCCACGUGGUGCCGAUCCAAAGUGGCGUUUCUUCUGGCGUAUUGGUGACAGACCAUCUGAUACCGCCUACCCAGAGCUCAACUGUCCACCAGUCAUCCCAGCCAAGUUCCCACACUGGCAAGAUGUCAUGGACUCCUGGGGAUCAUUGAUGCUCUCCUCGAUCGAAACCGUUUCAGAGAUGAUUGCCACCGGUUACGGUUUACCAGUCGACUCGAUCACCAAGAUGAUGAAGAACGGUCCACAUUUAUUGGCUCCAACCGGUUCAGACUUGAAGAGAUUCGGUGAUUUGGAUCAAAUUUUCGCUGGUUUCCAUUACGAUUUCAAUUUGUUAACCAUCCACGGAAAGUCUCGUUAUCCAGGUUUGUACAUCUGGUUGCGUGACGGUACCAGAGUCUUGGUCAAGGUUCCACCCGGAUGUUUGUUGUUGCAAGCCGGUAAGCAACUCGAAUGGAUCACCGGUGGUGAUAUCAUGGCUGGUUUCCACGAGGUCGUCGUCACCAAGGAGACCCAAGCUGCAGUCGAAAAGGCAAAGGAAGAAGGUAGAUCGUUGUGGCGUAUCUCAUCCACCCUCUUUGGUCACAUCGCCUCCGACACCACUUUGAAUAUUCUCCCACCAUUCAGCAAUGAGGAGAAUCUCAAGAAAUACCCAGCCAUCCUCGCUGGUAAACAAUCUGAAGAAGAGUUACAAAUGAUUAACCUCCAACAAAAGAGUUAA